AUGGACUCUAAGAAAAGGCAGAAGUACCAAAAAUAUAACAAGGAAGCUGUUGUGGCCGCUGUUGCUGAUGUUCGAGACAAUCAUUUUUCAUGGAGAAAGGCAAGUUUAAAUUAUAAUGUACCUUCUCAGACAAUUGGUGAUAGAAUAAAUGGAAGAUACGGUGCCGCCAAGCAAAAGAUAGGACUAAAAAUGCCUCGAAACCCAAAGAAGAAGCUUGGUAGCCGGAAGUAUAAGGAUUAUACAGAUGAAACGCUGAAAAUAGCUGUAGAAGAAGUGAAGAAAGGGUCAUCUUUAAGAAAGAUUGCUGAAAAAUUUGCUAUAUCAAGAUUUGCUCUCACUGCUGCCCAGAAAGGUAAGGUUAACAAAUGUGGUAGGCCUCCAGUUCUUAAUUCUGAAGAAGAAAGAAGAUUACUUGAAUCUAUAAGCAUGGCCGGAGAGUGGGGAUUCCCUCUUACAGCACUAGACAUAAGACUAAUAGUGAAAGGUUACCUGGAUCGGUGUGGCCGAAAUGAAGUAAGGUUCAAAAACAAUAUGCCUGGAGUUGAUUUUAUUGACAGUUUUCUCAAAAGAAACAGUAAAGAUCUUUCCAAACGGUUGGGUCAAAACAUUAAAAGAAGUCGAGCGGCUAUCAGUAGGGACAUCGUGAAUAACUACUUUAAUGAACUAGAAAAGACAUUAAAGGAUGUUGAUCCAUCAAUGAUAGUAAACUACGAUGAAACCAACAUGACUGACGACCCAGGGAGAAAACAAGUGAUCGCGAGAAGGGGAUCAAGGCAUCCAGAGCGUAUAGUAGAUUCUUCUAACUCUAGCACAUCAUUAAUGUUUUCUGGAAGUGCAAGUGGAAUGCUACUGCCUCCUUAUAUAACUUAUAAGGCAGCCCAUCUGUAUGACUCUUGGACAGAGAAUGGUCCAGCAGGCAGUAGAUUAGCUUUGCCCUACUUUAAAAAAUUUGACAGUGAUGCUAAGAAGGUUUUGAUAGGAGACAAUUUGUCGAGUCACAUCUCUGCCCAUAUUAUUGAAGAAUGCAACAAAAAUAACAUCAAGUUUGUACUGCUACCUUCUAACAGUAAACACUUCACGCAGCCUUUAGAUGUGGCAUUCUUUAGGCCAUUAAAAAUAAAAUGGCGCCAGACUUUGACAGAGUGGAAAGAGGCUAAUCGUGGCUCUAUUCCAAAAGACAGGUUUCAAAGACUUCUGAAAAAGUGCCUUGAUGCUUUGGGAGAGGAAAACAUAAGCAAAAACUUAAAAAGUGGAUUUAAGGCAGCUGGUAUUGUACCUUUAGACCAAAAUGAAAUUCUGAAAAGGCUUCCUGAUGGUGAUGCCACUGCAGUAUCUGAAGAGCUUAAUUCAAGCAACAACUGGACUGAUUCUAUCAAAGCCUUUUUUGAAGAAAGUAGGAAGAGAGAGACCGAACCUCUUAAACAGCGGAAGAAAAGGAAACUUAAUGUCCCAGCAGGAAAGGGGAUUGAAGGGAUUGAAGACACAAUUCUGAUCAAUGAUGAUGAUGCUCAACCAAAUAGGUCCAAUACACCCAAUACCAAAACAAAGGAAAACCACAGCAAACUAAAGACUUUGAAACAUAAUAGGAAACUUGCAAAUUCCAACUCAUUUGAUGAUAGUGAUGACCAUUAUUCUUUGAGAGACUCUAAUUCAGAUAUGGAUCCAGAAACAUUUAGUGACCUGGAAUCGGAGAUACCAGUAGAUCUACAACUAGAAGAAACAACUUAUGACGAACCCCCAAAAUAG